AUGCCUUGGUCUAUCGCUCUCCCACAGGCGAUCUUCGCCUCACCCCUGUUGGCGGUCGCAACCCCAAUCACCGCAGGGACAGCAGUAGCCCUCUUGACCAAUCGGAAACAAAACCGCGCAACCUACAACAAGCUCAAGCAACCACCCUACAGCCCACCAGGCUGGCUCUUCGCGCCGGCCUGGACGCUACUGUACGGAUUAAUGGGGUACGCCUCGCACCACGCCACGACAACUGCGUCGCAAUCAUUCUCGCUCGUGGUGCGCGAUACCAAUUCCACUGCACAGACACUUUACACCACGCAGCUGGCCCUGAACUUCCUCUGGAUGCCACUCUUCUUCCGAUUGGGGCGGCCGGCUGUGGCUCUGGGCGAUCUGGCCCUGUUAGCGGGUAACGUGGGUGCGCUGAUGGUGAAUUGGUGGUCGGCCGAUCGCACGGCGUUCUGGUGCUUGGUCCCCUACGCUGCUUGGCUUGGUUAUGCUGCAUAUCUUAAUACAGGUGUUGGCAUGCUGAAUGGCUGGACUUUGCCUAAGAAAGAGCGGUCGGAGUAG